UGACUGAGAGCCGGUGAGAUGGUCACAUAUCCAGAUCUGUGUUCGUCCCGUCCCGAGCAUUCCACCACGAGACAUCUAUUACUCGUCGGCACGGAGCGGUCCGCACUGGCCGGCCCAAACUUCAACACACAUUCGACAGACAGACAGACCGAGAGACAAGUCAGAGCACAUCGUGUGAUAGAGAGACACUUGACGCGCAAAAUGGCGUGCGUCGCAUGCGAAACACAAUUCGCUCCACCACAAAGACACAGACACACACAAGUCCGACAAGCCUCAUCAUCCACCAACCCACCCCCCCUCACCCGCCAUGUGCCCACACAGGUCGACGGCACCACUCACCCACUCACUGCCGGAGCAUUGCCUCUUCCUCCGUGGUGUCUCCGCCCUUGGGCGUCAUCAUGCCGUCGUCGAGCUUGAUACGCCAGAUGUGGUUGGGCGUCGUGGCGAACAGGUAGCCGCGCCCCUCCCCCUCCAUCCCAAGGCCCACAUUGACGGCGUGCGAUGACCCCCCGAGCCGCAUCAGACCCACCACCUCUCGAGCAGCGGGGUCGAUGACGUACAGCCCGCCAGGCCCUCCCGCGAAGAUCAUGCCAGAGGGGGCCGCCACCAUGCCGUCGAUAACGUGACCAAACACGCCGGGGUCCUUCUCCGUGUCGUAGUUGACCGCAACGUACUUGGCGUAGUCGGCGUCGGAGAUGACGAGGUCCGCGUCGGUCACGUCGUCCAGCGACUGAGGGGCGCUGACAGUGCCGUUGUCUGCAAUGGGGAAUUGGUACAGCCGCGUGCCGGGGCCGUCGCCCUCUGCGCGCGAGUCGAUGACGUACAGAGUGCGGCCGUCGUGGGAGAUGGCGAUGCCAUUCGGCCGCUUGAGGGCCGGCGUGAGGAGCUCCAGAUGGUUUUCCUCCCCCUCCUCGGUCACACACAGCCGGUACACGCCGUGGUAGCCCAGCUCGGAGAACUUGUCCAGCGUCGGCUCGCUCUCCAGCCCGUUGAGCCAGCCGUAUGGCGGGUCGGUGAAGAAUAUCUCAUACAAGACAGUCGAGUUGAGCUUCCGCGCGCCCUCCCCCUGACCGCUGAAGACGGCCGCGUCGUUGGGCGAGUUGAGUCGCGUGCCGUUGUACUCGGUCGCCUCCUCGACCAGGUCGUCGCCGUACUUGUUGUCUGCAGUGAAGGACGUGUUGAGGUGGGCCUUUACGAGCCGGCGGCCCUUCUGCAGACAGAUGUGGACAAUGUUGGGGUCCAGGGGGUCGACGGCCAUGCCGUUGGCGCCCUCGGCCGCGUUGGAGAUGAGGGCCACGGUGGUGUUGGUGGAAGGCGUGUACUGCAAAAUAGAGUUCAGCCCUGACACACAGGACAGAACAGACAUCGCCCUCCACACACACACACACACACACGCAGCCAGGCAGCUUCGUCGUAAGCACGUGAUACACACCAGGGUCAACGAAGAGCAGCGACUUGGACGGCUCGUGCCACACGGGCCCCUCAGGGUAGCCGAGGCCGCUCACGACCAGCUCUGCCUCCUCCUGAGCGAAUAUCUUGCCCACUGAUGCGUUGGUCAGCAGCUCAAAGCCGCUGCGGCUGGCGUCGAGGCCUUUCCAGUUCGGCUCGAACUGUGCUGCGGCCAGGGACGCGCACAGUACGGCGAGGGCAACGAGGCGGAAGGUCAUGCCGAUCCACCAGAGUUGAUAUCUAGAGGACAGUCUGGCUUUUUUGUGUUUGCUUCCUUUUUUG